ACUAAAAGAGAGCAAGAAGGAAGCACCAGCAGUUCGGACCUGGGCAGCCUUCCUGGGAAGAUGCAGCCGCUCCUGCUCCUGUUGGCCUUUUUACUGCCCCCCGGGGCAAAGGCAGGGGAGAUCAUCGGGGGCCAUGAGGCCAAGCCCCACUCCCGCCCCUACAUGGCGUUUCUUCAGAUCUGGCACCAGGAUGUCCAGAGUAGGUGUGGUGGGUUCCUGAUUCGAGAGGAUUUUGUGCUGACAGCUGCUCACUGCUGGGGAAGCUCAAUCAAUGUCACCCUGGGGGCCCACAACAUCAAGAAGAAGGAGAGGACUCAGCAAGUCAUCCCAGUGAGAAGAGCCAUCUGCCACCCAAACUAUGAUAAGAAGAACUACUCCAAUGACAUCAUGUUACUAAAGCUGGAGAGAAAGGCCAAGCUGACUGCAGCUGUGAGGCCCCUCAGUCUGCCCAGGGGCAAGGCCCGGGUGAAGCCAGGACAGGUGUGCAGUGUGGCCGGCUGGGGGCAGGUCGCAAUGGGCACCUACUCAGACACACUGCAGGAGGUAAAGCUGACCCUGCAGGAGGAUCAGAAGUGUGAAUCCCACUUACACAAUUAUUACAACAAUGCCGUUCAGCUGUGUGUGGGGGAUCCAAAGGAAAAGAAAGCUUCCUUUAAGGGGGACUCUGGGGGCCCGCUCGUGUGUGACAAAGUGGCCCAGGGCAUUGUCUCCUAUGGACAAAAGAAUGGGUCACCUCCACGGGCCUGCACCAAAGUCUCAAGUUUCCUGCUCUGGAUAAAGAAAACCAUGAAAAGCCUCUGACUGCAGGAACCAGACCUCCUUCCCUGCUGUGAUCCAGAAUCACGCUGCAGAUGGGGAUGCCAGCAGAUGAAUAAAUGUCUCUC